AUGGCGACCCCCUUGUCAAAAAUAUUGAUAUUGUUUUAUGUCCAUUCUUGUAUUAUCAACGGAUCAUUUUCUGACUACCCGUUCAGGAACACAUCUCUUCCUUUUGAUGAACGAGUUGACGAUCUUGUCACGCGAUUAAAACUGGAUGAAAUAAUACUUCAAAUGGCACACGGAGGAGGCGGUUCGCAUGGUGGACAACCUGAUCCACCAAUCGCUCGGCUUGGCAUAAAACCAUUCCAGUGGUCUACUGAAUGUCUGAGGGGCGUGGCAAUGGCAGGCAAUGCCACUUCUUUUCCUCAAGCCAUUGGCUUAGCAUCAUCUUUUAAUGCAAAACUUAUUCACGAUGUGGCAGAAGCGACCUCAGAAGAAGUAAGGGCAAAACAUAAUGACUUCGUGAAGCGAGGCAUCUUCCAUGACCACACUGGACUGGGGUGCUGGAGCCCGGUCAUCAACAUCAUGAGGCAUCCGUUGUGGGGAAGGAACCAGGAGACGUAUGGAGAAGACCCAUACUUAACUGGGAUCCUUGCCAGACAUUUUGUUUCUGGUCUCCAAGGCAACCAUCCGCGAUACAUCCGUGCAGUCUCGACGUGCAAGCAUUUUGAUGCUUAUGGCGGCCCUGAGGAUUUACCAGUGUCUCGACAAGUCUUCAAUGCUAAGGUGUCGGAGAGAGAUCUUCGGACAACAUUUUUACCACAGUUCCAAGCCUGCACAAGUUUGGCUCUGGGAGUAAUGUGCAGCUACAACAGCGUGAAUGGCAUACCUGCAUGUGCAAAUAAACGUCUACUGACCGAUAUUCUCCGAAAAGAAUGGAAUUACAAAGGCUACAUUGUGACAGAUGCUGGAGCAGCUCAGUUCAUAAUUCAGUGGCACCACUAUUACAACAACAGCAUUGAUGCUGCCGCUGGCUGUGUAAAUGCUGGAGUCAACUUGGAGCUGGUGGGUGCUAACCCUAUCUUUCUUUCCAUUGGCAAAGCUAUACAAUUGAGGAAAUUGACCGAAGACCUAGUCAGAGAAAGGGUUAAGCCACUGUUUUUUGCUAGAAUGAGACUAGGAGAGUUCGAUCCCCCAGAAAUGAAUCCGUACAACCUGUUUAACCUGUCUGUGAUCCAGAGUCUAGCUCAUCGUGAGCUGUCACUCAAGGCAGCCAUGCAGUCGUUUGUGUUACUGAAAAACAGUGGUGGAUUCCUUCCUUUAAAGUCAAAGAUGAAUUCUAUUGCUAUUUUCGGACCUCUGGCAAACAACAAGUCACAGCUAAUGGGCGAUUAUGCGGCUGAUGUUGACCCUUUCUUUGUUACAACCCCUCUCCAUGGACUAGCUCCACUGGCACACAAGGUUCUUUUCACACCAGGAUGUUCCGACACAAAAUGCAAAUCUUACAAUCACACUAAUGUCAAACUUUAUGCUUCUCUGGCUGAUCUGACCAUCCUCUGUCUUGGGACCGGUCAGUCCAUAGAAACUGAAAACUUUGACAGAGAUAGUAUUUAUCUACCAGGGAAACAGCAGCAACUUCUGGAAGAUGCAAUAAAAUAUUCAAAGGGUCCUGUCAUAGUUCUGCUCUUCAGUGGAGGACCACUGGACAUACGAUUGGCAGAUAACUCCAUUAAAAUCAUGUCAAUCAUCCAGUGUUCGUUUCCUGCACAGGCCGCCGGGGUGGCGCUACUUAAUAUUCUGAUAGGAAAUGGUCCCAAUGGUAACCCUGCUGGGAGACUUCCAUACACUUGGUAUGCAUCACAGGAACAGGUUCCAAAUAUGACGGAUUAUCAUAUGGCCAACAAAACGUACAGGUAUUUUGAUGGAACGCCAUUGUAUCCAUUUGGAUUUGGACUGUCCUACACUUCGUUUUUCUAUAGCAAUCUGAACAUUGAUCCCACUAAGGUGAAGGUGGGACAAACUGUUACAGUUAAAUUUAAUAUGACGAAUUCAGGACCACGUGAUGGGGAUGAGGUGUACGAGGUUUAUAUAUCUUGGCUCAAUGCAACAGUACCAACACCUCGAUACCAGCUGGUUGGUUUUGGGCGAGUUCAGAUCCUUAAAGGCCAGACUAUAAGCAGCAUGGUGAUUAUAACUAAGCAACAGAUGGCUGUAUGGGUAGACGACAAGGGAUUUGUUGUUGAACCAGGUGACAUACGAGUAUACGUUGGAGGCCAAUUACCGAACCAAAAGAAACAACUCACCUCAAAUAUUCUUUCUGGUACAUUUACAGUGUACAGCUGCUCAUCUUGUAACUAACAAUUGUAUUGAUGUAAUAGUUUAUAAAUUCUAUAUUACAAAGUCACCAAAUAUAUGUAGGCAGUAAGUCCAGAUGGGUGGGGAAAUAUGUUUUAUAACAUUUUAACAUUUUAUUGCCAUAUCUAAUGUAACAUAAUCGGGUGGGAUGUGGAACAAAGCCUCUGCAGGUGAUAACUGGAUGAUAACCCUUGAUCCGGUUGUACCACUCAGGUAGACAAGGACAUAGUUAUCACUGGAUGUUGACCCUUGGUCCAGUUGUACCACUCAGGUAGACAAGGACAUAGUUAUCACUGGAUGUUGACCCUUCGUCCAGUUGUACCACUCAGGUAGACAAGGACAUAGUGAUCACUGGAUGUUGACCCUUGGUCCAGUUGUACCACUCGGGUAGACAAGGACAUGAUGGAUGGUCACUGGAUGUUGACCCUUGGUCCAGUUGUACCACUCAGGUAGGCAAGGACAUGGUGAUUGGUGAUCAUUGGAUUUUGUCCCUUGGUCCAGAAUGUGAUGCAUUAUGAGAGAUGUUCAGCAUCUACAGAUGAUCUGCAAUGGGCUAGGUAACUGAAUGGUGUUUAGACCUUCUUGUAGGGAUCAGAUAAGGAUGACUAACACAGAUGGUUAGACGAGGACUAUUUGGCAUUGAAAAAGCACCCUUUCUAGCAUUUUGUUUUGUUUUCUGCUCGGUACAGCCAUGACAUCUGCUGUUGUUAAAUUAUUAAUUAACAUAUUCAUUGGCAUAGCCAUAUGGUUGGAGGAGGGGCACAAAUUGUUGAAUAUCACCCAUAUUAGAUACACCUUUACUCCCACACCAAAAAUACACUUUUUAAUAAAUCUACAUUUUUGUCUGACUGUACCACAUAUUUUAAUAUUUGAAAUGUGUAAAAUUACUAUUCGCUAAAACAUAUGUAUUUGCUUUUCGGAGACCAGUUUACCUAAAUAUAAAACUAUCCACAAGCUGUACAUACCACAAACGGGCGUGCCAUGUGACACAAUUGUCAUACCAAUUGUAAAAUGCUGAAUGAAUUGCAUCAUAUAACACAUCAAAAACACUCAGUAUUUAAGAAUAUAUAAUUUAAUUUAAAAAUAGAGAAACGUUAAAAAAGAGACAAAGAAACUCGAAGAUUUCUUCCCACUUUCAUUUCACACUGGAGUGGAAAGCAUCGAAUAUGACAAAUUUGCAGAAAUUCCCUUUGUCCCUAUAUAUAUAUGCAUGCACUAUUAGAAGUCACAUUUAUGUGUAUUAUUAUUUAUUGGAUGAUCCAACUGGGACAUUUUCAAUGAAAAACAAAUACCACACUUAUAAUUAGUUUUUAAAAACUUUAAUUUUCCGUAAACGUGCCUCUCUUAGAGACUCCUUUGUACCAUUUCUCAUAUCUUGGAUGUUAUAGUGACAAGCACGAUUCUGGGUGAAAAAAUUCUGAAUGGUUUUGAAGAAUUUAGUAUCACCUCAAGGACGUCUUCACUGCAUUUCAUAUAGUACUGCUUUUGCUGCUUCUUUUAGCGAAAUAACAAGAAAAGAAAAAGAAAAAAAAUCCACCCCCCUCUAGAAACAAAACCCUCCACAAAAACAACCACAAGAAAACACACCAAAACCCACCAAACAAACAAACCCGCAAAAUAUACCAUACAUACCCAACCCCAUAAGAUAUAUCGCUCAACUGAAAAUUAGCACUUUACUGAUGUCUUUGGUAUCUUUUUCAGAUGUAUGUAGUAAUUGUAUUUAUAAAUUACAAUGAAUAAUAGUUCUCUUCUUAUUUCUGUUGUUAUACACACCGCUUUGUUAUUGGUGUCAAGGCAAAACGCAAGAUGUUGGUUGUUGGUUUAUACCAGCUAGUGCAAUUUUAAGGCAUGUUUAUUAUGGCGUGUUUUACGUCUUGACACUGUUCUGCAUCCACAAUGCUGGUUGUGGCAAUGUAUUCCAUAUGGCAUUGGCAUCAAAGUGAUGAGCAACGCAUGUACAUGUAUGCUAUGAUUCUUUUAAUUGCAUUAAAGCGUAGCCAGGA